CUUUCGGUUUUCGCUUUUGCGAAACCCUGAAUAGUUUUCGUAUCACCAGUGUGACUGAAGACAGUUAAUUUACCCAAGCAGGUUAGCUUAACUGUGUGUGUAUGCGCGCCUAUUAGUUCGGUAAAAAUUAACUUAAGGCUUCUUAAUAUGGGCUUUACCUUUCGUGUAGUUAGCAGCUAGCGCUAGCUCAGGUUAGCGUGUCUGUUUGAGGUUGUCCACGCUGAAGUAUUCAUCGGAAACUCAAACACUGUAAAGUACAUUUCCCCCGAAAUGAGAGAUGUAUCGCCCCAAACCGACCUUAAAAGACCGACAGCACCUGUACAAGUUGAUCAUCAGCCAGUUGCUGUACGACGGCUACACCAACAUCGCCAACAGCCUCAUUAAUGAAGUGAAGCCCCAGAGCGUCGUGUCCCCGUCCGAGCAACUUAUGCAGCUCGCCAAGAUCGGGAUGGAGAACGACGACAGUGCUGUCCAGUACGCCAUUGGGCGCUCCGACACAGUGGCCCCCGGCGUGGGCAUCGACCUGGAGUUCGACGCCGACGUGCAGACCAUGUCGCCAGAAGCGUCGGAGUAUGAGACCUGCUACGUGACAUCUCAUAAGGGUCCUUGUCGCGUGGCCACGUACAGCCGAGAUGGGCAGCUCAUCGCCACUGGCUCCGCCGAUGCAUCCAUUAAGAUCCUGGACACAGAGCGCAUGCUGGCUAAGAGUGCCAUGCCCCUGGAAGUGAUGAUGAACGAGACAGCACAGCAGAACAUGGAGAACCACCCGGUGAUCCGAACCCUGUACGACCACGUGGACGAGGUCACGUGCCUGGCAUUCCAUCCCACAGAACAGAUCCUGGCGUCAGGCUCCCGUGAUUACACUCUCAAACUGUUUGACUACUCCAAGCCGUCAGCCAAAAGAGCUUUCAAACACAUCCAGGAAGCGGAAAUGCUGCGAUCCAUCUCCUUCCACCCGUCGGGAGAUUUCCUGCUGGUGGGCACCCAGCACCCCACACUGCGGCUGUACGAUGUCAACACCUUCCAAUGCUUUGUGUCUUGCAACCCACUGGACCAGCACACCGACACCAUCUGCGGCGUGAGCUACAACCCCAGCGCCAACAGCUACGUCACCUGCAGCAAGGACGGCAGCAUCAAGCUGUGGGACGGCGUCUCCAACCGCUGCGUGGCCACGUUCGAGAAGGCGCACGACGGGGCCGAGGUGUGCUCGGCCGUCUUCUCCAAAAACUCCAAGUACAUCCUGUCCAGCGGGAAGGACUCGGUGGCCAAGCUGUGGGAGAUCUCCACCGGACGCACGCUGGUCAAAUACACAGGGGCAGGGCUGAGUGGCCGCCAGACCCACCGCACACAGGGCGUGUUCAACCACACAGAGGACUACGUGCUGCUCCCGGACGAGCGUACAGUCAGCCUGUGCUGCUGGGACUCGCGCACCGCAGAGAGAAAAAACCUGCUCUCGCUUGGACACAACAAUAUCGUGCGCUGCAUCGUGCAUUCGCCCACCAACCCCGGCUUCAUGACCUGCAGCGAUGACUUCCGUGCCCGGUUUUGGUACCGCCGCACCACCACGGACUAAGGAGCACACACGCUCCGUGCGGCUAAGAGUGGAGGGUCCCGUUGGUUUUAUUUUUCCAGCAGCUGUCUUCAGGACCCUGCCACUGGUCAUCUGAGUCAUCUCAAGAGCCGGCGGUGUCCUCUGAGACAUCAGGAGGGUUCGGUUAACCCUGCUCUGAUCGCCAUGCCUGAACAUUCCCCUAGAGGUCACGGUUUUACCAUGAGGACUUGGCAGAGGUGUCUCGUCAUGGUGUUGAGCUCAACUUUCUUCAGUUUCAGUAUGGCCGUGCUGGGGAUUUUGAGCUUAAUAAAGUUGCGUAGUCUGUAUAGGUGGAAAGACAGUUUCUCUUUUUUUAAAAAUACUUUUUGCAUAUUUGAAAAGAGCACAGGGAAUGGUGAUCUGUGAGUGACGCAUGUGGUGUGUUCUCAGUUCAUGAUUUAGUACCUUGUUUGGUUUGUUGUUUUUGUGGUUUUAUUUUCAUAAAUAAAUUGAAAAUAACUUUUGCCA